AUGCGCGGCGGCCGGGGCGCGGCGCGGGCGCGGGUGCUCCAGUUCACCAACUGCCGCCUGCUGCGGGGCCGCGCGCUGCUGCGGGAGGACCUGUGGGUGCGCGGGGGCCGCAUCCUGGACCCCGAGAAGCUGUUCUUUGAGGAGCGGCGCGUGGCCGACGAGCAGCGGGACUGCGGCGGCUGCAUCCUGGCUCCGGGCUUCAUCGACGUGCAGAUCAACGGCGGAUUUGGCGUGGACUUCUCUCAGGCCACAGAGGAUGUGGGUGCGGGGGUCGACCUGGUGGCCCGGAGAAUCCUGGCCCACGGCGUCACCUCCUUCUGCCCCACUCUGGUCACCUCGCCGCCGCAGGUGUAUCACAAGGUCCUUCCUCAGAUCCCCGUGAAGAGUGGUGGUCCCCAUGGGGCUGGGGUCCUCGGGGUGCACCUGGAGGGUCCGUUCAUCAGCCGCGAGAAACGGGGUGCACACCCCGAGGACCAUCUGCGCUCCUUUGAGGAAAAUGCUUUCCACGAUGUGCUGGCCACGUACGGGCCACUGGACAACGUCCGCAUCGUCACGCUGGCUCCCGAGCUGGGCCGCAGCCAUGAGGUGAUCCAGGCGCUGACGGCUCGCGGCGUGUGUGUGUCCCUAGGACACUCGGUGGCUGAUCUGCGGGCAGCGGAGGAAGCCGUGCAGAGCGGGGCCACCUUCAUCACUCACCUCUUCAACGCCAUGCUGCCUUUCCACCACCGGGACCCAGGCAUCGUGGGGCUCCUGACCAGCGACCAGCUGCCUCCGGGCCGGCACAUCUUCUACGGGAUGAUCGCUGACGGCAUCCACACCAACCCUGCCGCCCUGCGCAUCGCCCACCGGGCGCACCCCCAGGGGCUGGUGCUGGUCACGGACGCUGUCCCCGCCCUGGGCUUGGGCAACGGCCGGCACACGCUGGGGCAGCAGGAGGUGGAGGUGGACGGGCUGACGGCCUAUGUGGCAGGCACCAAGACGCUGAGCGGCAGCAUCGCCCCGAUGGACGUCUGCGUCCGGCACUUUCUGCAGGCCACGGGCUGCAGUGUGGAGUCGGCCCUGGAGGCCGCGUCCCUGCACCCCGCCCAGCUGCUGGGGCUGGAGAAGCGCAAGGGGACCCUGGACUUCGGGGCCGACGCAGACUUCGUGGUGCUGGAUGACGCCCUCCACGUGCAAGCCACCUACAUCUCGGGCGAGCUGGUGUGGCAGGCGGAGGUGGCCCGGCAGUGACCACGCCGUGGCCGGAGAGGAUGCCCAGCCCCAGCUGGACACUGUCAGGGCUGGGCCACCCAGGAGCUGGUCUCUGGGGAGUGAGGGGCCUGGCCCUGGGACGGCUGCCUGGUGCUGGCCAGCUGGAUAAACGCUCAUCCUGCAGGGCCGCUUCGUCUCUGCGUCUUGCUUCUCGCAUCACCUUGGAGUGCCUCUCGGGCGUGUUGGUGGCUGCAGGGUGGGAGGGGCAGCACCCCCUCGCUUGGUGGGUCCCGUGCAGGUGACAGGGGCCCUGGGUCAGAAGGCUUCGCUUGGGGCUUGAGGACCCACAGGAGAUGUUGGUUGGAGAUGACCAGGGCGAGCGUGGCAGUGCUGGCUGGAGUCGGAAGGGGCUGGGGGUGGCUGCACAG